CGUCUACAAUGGUUACACCGGGCGCUACUAUCCGUUUGCCUGCCACGGUACCCGUACCGAUUGCUCGAUGUCCACUGAUUCCUCCGAGGGUAACAGACAACUGUAUUUAGAAAUGGGUAUCCGCUGUCCCCUCGGAUACAACCCCUGCGGACAGGCCUAUCCCUGCAUCGUGGCGUGGAAGCGGUGUGACGGGCGGGCGGACUGUACAGAUGGGAGAGACGAGGAAGAUUGCGCAUGCCUGCCAAUUCCUGUGGAUCUGAACCUUGGUGGCCUACUUGCGAUGCUGCCGAAUCAGCUGGGCCAGACGACGUUUGAGGAGAUACUGAAUUCCUCUGCCGUGGAGUUGCUCAACAGUUCGACCAGCCACGCAGAGAACCGACAUCCUGAGUUCCGGGAAUUCGCAUCUGCGGUCAUCUUCCCGCGAUGUGUUCUCUCCGAAGAGAGCAACACCUCCUGCUCUUCAUCUCAACAUGGAGAUAACUCGACCUCGUGCAUGGGCACACAAAUGCUUCCGUGCCGUUCGUGGUGUGAGGAAGUCCUGCACAUGGCUGAUGACCCGGUGAAGAAUCUGUUCCCUACCUGUGACCUGUUUCCGUCACCACCACACGCCUGUUGGAACCCUGAACCAGAGACGAACAGCGACGAAGUUUGUUACCAUGGUAAUGGGAUGAACUACCGUGGUACAUGGAGUAAAACUACAUCCGGGGCAGAUUGUGUGGAGUGGUCCGCUGCGCAGGCUGGUUUCUACCCGACCGAGUACCCCUGGGCUAACCUGAAGAACAACUACUGCCGCAACCCUACCGGUCAGGAGCGGCCAUUUUGUCUUGUGGAAGAUGGCAGCCAGGAGGAGUGUGACGUCAUUCCGUGCAAUAAAGCCGUUUGCUUGGACAUGGGCCCUCCAGACCACGGCAGCAGAAGCCCUGCCAAGCGGUUCUACAUCGCGGGAGAAAAUGUCACGUACACCUGCGACGAAGGGUACACCCUGGACUCCAUACAUACCAGCAGAGCGAGUUGCUUCGGAGAUGGCAUCUGGCAAUAUGACAAGCCCAGCUGUUCAGAUCUAGAUGCCUGUUUGGCUAAUCCGUGUGACGCCCAGGCCACCUGUACGGAUAAUCUUCCUCCUGCACUUGAUGCGACUUGUACCUGCAACACUGGAUAUACAGGAUGGUCUUGUUAGUGG